GCUUCGUUUUUGAUUUCUUCCUCUUGCAUUCUUCACUGUUAAGCACUCCGGUUACUACAUCUCAGCUCUUCCUAGAUCUAAUUCUGGUGCUACGAGACCCCUCACUCUGUCGUGCACCGUAGCAGCUAUCCAUACACAAACCGCAGCAAGACUACACUACAGGUGGUAUUUAUAUCUAAGAAUAAGAAACGCCGCUUCCGCUGUCACCACCCCCGCCCCCCGUUUUUCACGAUUUUUUUUCUUCUUUUUUCUCUCUCUCUUCCUCAAGCAAGACGGCGUUUUGUACGUCCGGCAGACCACAUCCGCUCUUGCGACCACGUGCGUUUCUCUUGUCUUCUUCCUCCCCUGCUUACACAAGCAGGUUCAUUGGCUGAACGGUUCUUCCCCUCCCCCCUCGUUUUUCUAGCCGUGUGGUGGGGUGUAGAGCGCUGCUGAUCCAAUACGUCAGAAAGCGUCUUUGUGGACUCCUCUUCCGCAUCUGUUAGUGUUUGCUUCUCUGUGUAGGUGGCCUCUGCAUCGCGCAGUGUCCGGUAGACGGCGCCACAGACGGCUUUGCUGCGCUUUUUGUUUCUCUUCUUCUUCUAUACACAGAAAAGUGUUGAUGUAUUUUGCCCGUUUAUACGCCACUGUGCAUUUCGCCCUCUACGCCGUCUUGUCUAGCGUCGCCUUCUCCGCGUACGCCUCGGCAUCUUCAUGCUGGUGGUUUUGUGCGGCGUCACCGCAGAAGCCUUCUCUCCUUUUACGCUGCUUUGCAACGGAGUAGGGACCGUGGAACGAAGACGCAGACACAGAGGCAAAGAUGACGGAUGUUGGUCUGAAAAGGCCGAACAGCGGCAACAACGGUCUGCCGGUGCCGCCGAGCGACAGCGAGUCAGCGCAGGACCCCUUGCAGGGCAUCCUUGGUCGAGGGCCGGAGUGCAAAUACGUGAAGAAGCGCCUGCUCGGCCAGGGCAGCUUCGGCAGCGCCUGGCGCGUGGAGGACAGCGAGACGGGAACCGUCUACGCCGCAAAGGUGAUGGAUUUAAAUAAUAUGAGUGAGAAGGACCGUGGAUUCGUGACGAACGAGGUGAAGUGCCUGUCGCGGUGCAACAACCCUCACAUCGUGCGCUGCGAGGAUGCAGCGGAAAAAGGUGGGCAUCUUUUGAUCGUGAUGGAGUACGCGGACGGCGGUGACCUGUACAAGCAGAUCAAGGCGCGCGUGGCGAGCAUGAAGUACUUCCGUGAGCACGAGGUGGUUUUUAUAUUUCUCCAGCUGUGUCUUGCCCUAGAUCACAUUCACUCGAACAAGAUGAUGCACCGUGACUUGAAGACGGCCAACAUUUUGCUGACCACGACGGGCCUCGUGAAACUGGGUGACUUUGGCUUCUCUCGCCAGUACGAGGACUCGCUCUCGAACGCUGUCGGCUCCACGUUCUGCGGCACACCGUACUACCUCAGCCCCGAGCUGUGGCACCGUCAGCCUUACAGCAAGAAGAGCGAGAUGUGGGCCCUUGGCGUGGUGCUGUACGAAGUGAUGGCUUUGAAGCGCCCCUUCACCGGCAAGAACAUGGACGAGCUCAUCACGAACAUUUGCCACGGCCGCUGCUCUGAGCUUCCUGCGCGGUACAGCGAAAACCUACGCGAUGUUUGUGACCGUCUUCUUUCCGUGGAUUCGAGUAAGCGCCCGACGAUACAGGAGCUGUUCCACGAGCCCUUUAUUCGCACCAAUUUGGAGACGCUAAAGCGCAGCGUGGAGAAGCACAACCGCAUUCCGAAUGACGUGCGGGAGGCCAUCGGGCGGUGCAUCUCGCAGGCGCUGUUGCCGGAGGAGGUGCCGGUGGCCGCAGCCGAGCCGGCGCCGUUGGUCGGUACCGUGAAGCGCCACACCGCCCUGCGUGGGUGGCAGCCGUGUCAGCUCAACUUCGACCGCAGGCAGAUCACCCUUCGUGAUCCCUCCGGCACCGACCCGGAAGAGGUAGUGCCGGUAGCGACGCUGACCUCCGUGUGUCCAAUCGAUGUGAUGAUGGCAGGCGAAGAGUUCGUCUUUGCCAUGAAGAAUCAGGCCGGUAAAGCAUUUUGGUUUAUGGCGCCGGAUGCGAAGUCGUAUGGGGAAUGGCUGACGACGUUGCAGAGAGCUGCGCCGUAA